UUUCACUAUCGUCAGUUCUUCGGUUGCUCUUGGACAUUGUUGUUCAGUGUCAAUGCACAUGUGCUUCUAACUUGAAGAAAUGUUAUACAUACAUCGGUUUAUAGUGGUUUAUUGAUUGUGAUUAAGUUUUAAAAAGUGCCUUCAAAAUGAUUAUUUCACCGGACAGCAGCGUUCACAUCAUUCCCCAAUUACCAGAAUCAACUUCGAACAAUUUGGAUUUUACUAAUAUGACUCCUUGCCACAGAGAGCCUGCUUUGAAUUUAGAAUUUGACGGGACGACGGUGCUGUGCAGGGUUUGUGGAGACAAAGCUUCAGGUUUUCAUUAUGGGGUACACUCUUGUGAGGGUUGUAAGGGUUUCUUCAGACGCAGCAUACAACAGAAAAUACAGUACAGGCCGUGCACCAAAAGUCAGAAAUGCGCCAUACUCAGGAUCAACAGGAAUAGGUGUCAAUACUGCAGGCUGAAGAAGUGCAUUACCGUUGGGAUGAGCAGAGAUGCUGUACGAUUUGGUCGAGUCCCCAAGAGAGAAAAAGCGCGGAUUUUGGCUGCCAUGCAACAAAGUUCGAACUCGCGUUCUUUGGAUAAGGCCGUUGCUGCUGAACUGGAGGACGAAAAAAGGCUUCUGGAAAAUGUUGUUCGAGCACAUAUUGACACUUGUGACUUCACCAGAGAUAAAGUUGAGCCGAUGUUGCAGCGUGCAAGGGACCAUCCCUGUUACACAGCAUGCCCACCCACUCUGGCUUGCCCUCUCAACCCUAAUCCUCAGCCGUUAACUGGACAGCAAGAACUGCUACAGGAUUUCUCAAAGAGAUUUUCCCCAGCUAUACGUGGUGUAGUCGAGUUUGCAAAACGCAUUCCUGGAUUCUCCUUGCUUGCCCAGGAUGAUCAAGUUACUCUCUUGAAAGCUGGUGUUUUUGAAGUGUUACUUGUGCGACUCGCGUGUAUGUUUGACUCUCAAACCGCUAGUAUGGUAUGUUUAAAUGGACAAGUGUUGAAACGUGACUCUAUUCACAAUAGUUCUAAUGCCCGAUUCUUGAUGGACAGUAUGUUCGAAUUUUCGGAAAGAAUGAAUGCGCUGAGAUUGUCCGAUGCGGAAAUCGGACUCUUUUGUUCGAUCGUUGUUAUUGCUUCGGAUCGUCCCGGCCUCAGAAAUACCGAAGUGAUCGAAAAAAUGCACAAUAAACUGAAAUCAUCUUUACAAAUGGUCGUCAACCAAAACCACCAAGGCCAACCACAUAUAAUGGACGAGUUAAUGAUGAAAAUACCCGAUGUCCGAACGCUGAAUUCCUUACAUUCUGAAAAGUUACUUGCUUUCAAGAUGACUGAACAACAGCAAAUGAUGCAACAGCAUCAUUUGUGGAAUACCCCUAUGGAGGAAGAGAGCAACAGUAAAAGUCCGCCGGCUUCUUCUUGGUCCUCAUCUUCAGAUGUGACUAUAGAAGAAGCUAAAUCUCCUUUAGGUUCAGUGUCUAGUACGGGCUCCGUGUCCAGUUCAGGCUCAGUAUCCAGUACAGGAUCUGUAUCCAGUACAGAAUCAGUAUGUUCCUGCGAAAUGACGUCAGUGCAUGAUUAUCCCAAUCAUGUCAACCCUCAUAUCAGCUCAAAUGUUAAUAACGCGCCCUUACUGGCCGCUACAUUGGCAGGAGGCGUGUGUCCUCACAGACACAGGGCAAACUCCGGUGGUUCCACCACCACAUCAUCAUCAUCUGGCGAUGAUGAGUUAGCUGCGACGUCUCAUCUAAUUCCCAAUGGAUUAACAAUAACCCCAGUGCUGAAAUCUCACAUUUCACACUCCAGGUCGCGAAAAGUCGAAUCACCUACCGAUUCAGGUAUUGAAUCUGGUACAGAAAAAAUGGAGCAUCCUACAUCCGAUUGUACUAGCACGAAGUCUGUUGAAGACCAUCAAAUAGUUGAAGAUAUGCCAGUUCUUAAACGUGUAUUGCAAGCACCCCCACUCUUUGAUACUAACUCGCUUAUGGACGAGGCUUACAAGCCACAUAAAAAGUUCAGGGCCUUACGGAACAAGGACUCUGCUGAAGCCGAACCAGCUGUCAUGUCUCCGCCUCCAGAGCAAUCCCAACUCCAGAUGCAGCUUACUUCAACAUCUCAGUCCAGUUUGUCUAGCUCGCACUCAAUGUUGGCGAAAUCAUUAAUGGAGGGACCCAGAAUGACGCCCGAGCAGAUAAAAAGGACAGAUAUAAUGUACAAUUAUAUUAUGAGGGGUGAGUCGUCGUCGGCAUCUCCCAUGAUGACUGCAGCAACGACAGCGUGCCCCUACAAAUCAAAUGGGUCGCAACCUGCUUGGGCCACUAGUGUAAUUACCACAACCGCCCGUCAAAAUCAAAUGCAAAGCAGUAAUACACCGCCCCCACAACAUCAGCAUCAGGAGUAUGCGAGGCUAUACUUUCAUCCACAGUCACCUCACUCCACGUCACCCGCCCCCCCUCAAUCCAGAUCUCCAGCCAGUCCGCACUCCAUGAUGUCGAUACCCAAAAUGAUGGAACUACAGGUGGACAUAGCAGAUUCCCAGCAACCAUUAAAUUUGUCCAAAAAGUUACCGUCCCCUUCGUCGAGACCUUUGAAGAUGGUCCUAUUGGGGAUGUAAUGGGAGCGGGUAUCCGCUACACGAGAUUAGUACAAAGUGGAGUGCACAUGUCUGUUGCUUACUAAAACUUUUUCAUCUGUUCGCGACAAGGACAUCAGGUGCCACUUUCUUCGAUUUACAAACCAAAUAAUUUAUAUUUACUGUAUAUGCAGCCCUACUAUCUCAUUCUAUAUAUGUAUGUUGAUGUGUGUGCCCUUCAUAUUAUGUUGUAGUGAAAUAUAGGGUGGUCUUCGACCACUCCAAAUUUUCAUGUUAAGUAACUUCCGCCAUGACCAGAAUGGUGUGCAACUUCUGUACAUAGUUGACCAAUCCCUAGCACUCUAUUCUGGUUCCCUUUUAUAGUUAAGGUUUCAAACAAUCAUAAAGUAGAUUCACCUAAAUGAAGAUUGGCAAAUCAAUCCUAUUAUUAUUUGUAAUAUUUGUGCAUAUGUGAUAAAAUUAUUUGUAGUUAUAUUUAUGUAUAAGUUGUGUUACUGCGCAUUCUCUUAAAGCAGCGAAGAUCACAUUGAUUCAAGCAAAUAUUUUUCAUUCACUUAUGACAUAUUCAAAGUGGGGGCUCAACGAAUUAAAAUUGUUUUGUGAAUGCAGAUAUUUGGUUGGAUUGAUUAUUUUCCUGUUGAGAGACUCAUCUCAUGAUCGUUUUCAUGGAAUCAUCUCGCCUGUUUGUAUCACCACUCAUAUCCAUUUUAAGAUUAGUAAAGCGAGUUGAGGAUGUCUGUAAGACUGAGGGAGGUGGCGAUGGGACUGUAGAUAGAACUCAUCGUACUAAGGCCGACACUUGAGUCAAUUCACCGAUGUUGCGCCUCCCAUGUUUGUCUCCUUGCUCGCUUUAAGGACGUGCAAUUUCUGUCCUCAACCAAUGUAUUUAGGAUUCAACACAGUUGGACUUUUUUUUGACCAGAUGUACUAUUUAUUUGUAAUGCGUUAAUAUAAUAUUUGUUUUCAUUUGAUGUUUUUCUGGAGGCAUUUGAUUGCUUGGCAGAGAAAAAGUGAAGUUGUUGCUAUUUCAAGCAGUCAUUGCUCUCCUCUCACACUUCAUUGUAAUACUUUGUAAAUUGGGAGCUUGUUGAGGCCGGCAGAAUAAACAUGUCUUGAUAAUA